AUGACAAGCCCUGGAAAGUAUGUCCGUGCCCUUAGAUUCAGUUCUUCCUCUGAAAACGAUGUUGAAGAACUAAUGUCGACCACCAGGUUUGACAUGAUAUCAGAGACAGGUAGCGAAUCCGGUAGUCGCAUGUUAACACGAGUUGAUUCUCAAUGUUCCAGCGAUGGUGAAUCUUUCUUUUUGAAUAGUGUGUUGGAAACAGUUGAAAUUGAGAAUCAGGAUCCGAGUAUUCAGACCAACUCAGAGCAUGGGAAAUCUGAUAGGCAUGUAUCAUCGAUUGGUGGAACAGCAUCUUUGGAAACACUUUCAAACCGAACACGUCAGGCUUCUCACAACUCCAUGGAUCGAUUUGGAAAAUUGCUAUUUGACCUUGUUGAUGCCUAUCGCUAUGGACAACAGCAUACAACGUCAAAUCGAAAUGUUGCACUGGAAAAAAGCCGAUUGCCUCCGAACCAACCCAGCGAAUUUCAUCAGACUGAGAUACAGCAACAGACCCUCGUAAAUGCAUCAACCGUGCCUUCACUUAUCCGUUGGGACCAAGUUAAGCGUUUUCCAGAAAAUAUACCUGCUAACAAAAUGUGGGAGUCCUGGUGUCGUUUUAUCAAAAAUUUUACUAUGGCCGCAUCUCUUGGUAAUGCGCAUGACCCUACACAACGUGCACAGCUUUUAUAUAUUUCGCUCAGUGAGCAACUGCAAAACAUAGUUAACGCUUUCAACCUUAUGCCGGACUUGACGACUUUAUCUUGUUACAAUGAUUUCGUCAAAAACAUUGAGCGUCACUUGCUUUCAAUGACCGACACGACAGCUGCGCAUGAGGCGUUUCAAGUUAUGCGUCAAGGUAGGAAAGAAUCGAUGGUGACUUUUUACUCGAGACUUGUCGAGAAAGUACGUUUGUGCGGUUACAAUCUUGAGGAUCAGCAGAAAUUUGUUCGAAUACAAUUGCUCAAAGGGAUGACGAAUAGGGAAGUAGCGCGUAUGGCGCGGAUUUGCGGAUACGACAUCAAUGUUGUCGUUCAAGCCGCAACGCGUGAAGAAGCAGUUAACCUCGAUGCAGGUCCUUCUGGAAGUGCGUUUGCAGUGAGCCGAAAACCAAUAUCCAAGGAAGUUUCUCGAUUGAAACGAAGAAGCCUGUUUCAGAGAAGUUCGACUGCUAAAACUAUGUCAUCUCAAAGCUAUUCCAGGGAUAAUCCCAACUCCGGAAGACGUAGUCGUUGUUCCAGAUCCACCUGUCCGAGGAACCAAUUCACCUGCGGAGACGGCAAAUGUAUUCCCCAUCACUGGAGGUGUGAUUCGUACACGGAUUGUGCCGAUGGAUCGGAUGAAAUCGAUUGCGACCGAUCCCACAAAUGCAAGGAGGAGCAGUUCCAGUGCAAACUGACGAACCGUUGCAUCCCUCGGAGUUGGACCUGCGACGGGGACGCCGACUGCGGGGUGAUCGAAAAAUUUCGCACCAUCGACGUGUCGGACGAGGACGCCGAUCUGUGCCGCAGCUCCAAGCACUGCCUGCCCACUCAGACGGUCUGCAGCAAUGGCAAGUGUUUGGAUAUCGAAAAAUUUUGCGACGGCACCUGGGAUUGCUCAAAUGAUGAGCUGGGAUGCCCUGCGAAUGGGACUUCUACGGCUGAGUGUGAUGCCCUGAAGUGUUCGUAUGAAUGCCGCCAUACCCCAAACGGGGCCAGGUGUUUUUGUACCAAGGGAAGCCAACCGAAUGGGAACGUUUGUGAGGAUUUCGACGAGUGCCAGGUUGAUGGCGUUUGCGACCAGAUCUGUGAGAACGUUCCGGGAUCGUAUCGGUGUUUGUGUGCCGCCGGAUAUAUCAAGAGUGGAAAUAAGUGCCUGGCUGUGAACACUCCCAAGGAGGAACCAGCUUCUCUGCUUUUCGCAACACCUAACGAAAUACGAAAAUUUCCUGUGAUCAACGGAACAUUUCAACGACUGGCGAAUGUUUCCUACAUGCAUCUGAAAACCGAAAACGUUCUCGCCCUGGAAAUGUACCAUCGGAAUCGGACCUUCUGUUGGAUUGCCGGAGAUUCAACCUUCGAGUGCCAUAAUGUAGACUCAAAUCGAUCGCUAAACGUGCAAAGUGUUCCCCUUCCGGAUCUUUUUCCGAACAUCAACUCAAUCGAUCAGAUAAGCGUGGAUUGGAUUUCGGGGAACUGGUACUUUCUCGACAAUCAGCGGGAAAUAAUCUUUGUCUGCUCCGGAGCUAUGAAACACUGUUCGAUAAUCCUAGAGAAUGAUCUUAUGAAGCCACGAGGCAUGGAACUGGAUCCGACCCGGGGGUUUCUUUUUUUCACCAAGUGGGGUAGUUCCUUGGCCAGUGUUGAUCGGUCCUUUCUCGAUGGAACCAAUCGCACUUCGAUCGUCCUGAAAAAGAUCGUGUAUCCUCAUGGAGUAGCACUGGACAUUGCCCUUCAACACGUUUACUGGGUCGAUACCUACCUGGACUCGAUCGAACGCGUCAACUACGACGGAAGCAAUCGGUGGUUUCUCAAAAAAUCUGCCAACUUUAUGAUCAACCUCCAAUCCCUCCAUGCUCUAGACGUCUUCGAAUCCACCAUCUACGUUUCCUCCUGGAAAAAUAAAUCAAUUAUCGCCAUCGAUAAAUACACUGCCGAAGUAAAAAUCGUGAUGUCAAACGUUUCUCGAGCUUUCCACCUGCACGUGUUCCACCGGCAGAAGCAACCGGAAGUGGCCCACCCUUGCCGGAAUCAGAACGGCGGAUGUGAUCACCUUUGCAUCACCGCUUGGAAGAAAACCGUUGCCAUCGGCCAGUGCCUCUGCUCCCCGGGCUAUCGGCUGAAAACCAAAAAUCAGUGCAUUCUAGUCAAACGGCCCACGUUUCUGCUCUAUGCGAAAGCCACGCCCGGAAUGAUACGGGGCAUUCCGGUGGGGAUCAAGUCACAGGAGGCGAUCGUUCCGGUUACGAAUUUGGGAAGGGAUAUUACCUUCGAUUAUCACAUCGAGGAUCAGCUGAUCUACUUUGCGCAUCAUGACAAAAACCUCUCGAAAUUUUACAUCGAAAGCCAAAAGCUGGACGGUACCAAUCGAACCAAACUCUGGGAGGCACAAGGGUCCUGCGAUGGACUUGCUUACGACUGGGUCGGAGACAACCUAUUUUACACCAACGCCGAACGGGGGCGCAUCACUGUGCUGAAGCUGGGCGCCGUCGCCAACCUAUCGGCUCGAAUCAUCCUUCGGGAUCUGAUCAGCCCCCAAUCGAUCGUGCUGGACUCGAAAAAAGGAUUCAUGUACUGGGCCUCCUGGGCACCACUUGGCGGUCGAAUCGAGUGGUCCUGGAUGGAUGGUCAAAGGAAGGAUGUCCUGGUCGAUGGUCACGAGCGGCCGAUGAUCUGGCCCAGUGGUUUGGUGAUCGAUCAGUUGCAGAAACGACUGUAUUGGUGUGACUCUAGGACAGGAAUGAUUGAAAGUGUAACCCUGGAUGGUCGCGACAGAACGCUGAUCUACGACGGAAGCGCUAAGAAUCACUACCCGAUUGCAAUCGGGGUUUACAAGCAGCAAAUUUUUUUCUCGGAUAAUGUUAAAGGGAAUAUUGAGCGGUUCAACAUCAGUAAUCCGGAUUCUGUUGACACAGUAGCCGUUGAAAAACCUCAAAUUUUCGGUAUCAAGAUCUCCGAUAACCUAACCCAAUACAACAGUAACCACAAAAAACUAUGUGAAACCGGUUGCCCGGGAAUUUGUAUCAACACUCCCAUCAAACCGGAAUGCAUCUGCGAGGAAGCAUUUGUUUUAAGUCAAGAUGGAAGCAAAUGUGUGCCGGUGACUGCCAACAGUAACAGCAGUGCACCAACAUCGUGUGCCAAUGGGACCAACUUUCAGUGCCGGAAUGGGUUCCAGUGUAUUGAUCAGCGGCUUACUUGUGAUGGGGAUCGAGAUUGUGAUGACGGAAGCGAUGAGGAACAAUCUCCCGAUGGGCCGUGCAAUCCUAACUGCGACCUGGAGCAUAACUUCAAAUGUGACGAACAACGGUGCAUCAACAGAUCCCUGGUGUGCGACGGGACGGUCAACUGCAUCGACGAGUCGGACGAGGACUACAGCAACUGCCCCAAUAUGAAAUGCAUCGAUAAUUUUUUCCAGUGCACUAUCAGCCGCCGGUGCAUUCCGAAGAGUUGGGUCUGCGAUCGGCACCAGGACUGUGGGCCCCAGGAUAAUUCCGAUGAGCCGGAAAAGUGCUACCGGUGUGCGGAGUUCGAAUGCAAGAACGGGGCCUGCGUCGGGUUCGAUUUGCUGUGCGACGGCGUUAACAAUUGCGGGGACAACUCUGACGAAGCUCAGUGUAACGAAUGCAAGCCGAGUGAGUUCUACUGUAGUCCGUACGGGUGUAUCGAUCGAUCGCAGAUGUGCGACCCGAAAUUGAACUGUCUGAAUGCCUUCAGCGAUUGUCUUCCGAAUGGAAACUCUUCCAAUGCUAACGGAAGCAGCUUGAGUAUUCCAACUGUUAAGACGCAAACGGAUCUCAUGAUGCAGUGCGUGCUGGAUGUAAAUGUACUGUGUGGAAACAACAAGGACUGUGCGAAUAACUUUCGGCGGCAGUGUCAGAAUAUAACGGUUCCGGUUUUCAACGAGACAACGACGUGUCACCAUCCGAAUCGUUUGUGUCGACCUACCAAUACUUGUAUUCAGCCGGAUCAACUGUGUGAUGGCCGAGUAGAUUGUCCGGACAAUACGGACGAGGGGUUUCGUUGCAACGAUAAAAUCUGUGGUCGUUCGGAAAAGCAGUGUUCACAUCAGUGUUACAAUGCACCGGAAGGUUAUAUCUGUUCCUGUCCGGAUCAUCUGUUUCUGCAGCCGAAUGGAAAGGAUUGCUACGUAGAUCAUGCCUGUGAACAUUGGGGAACCUGCUCACAGGUUUGUAAGCCCAAUGGAAAACAUUACAAGUGUGAAUGUAAGGAAGGAUACUCACUGACGUAUGACAAGUUCACCUGUCGCAGUAACAAUCAUGAUGCCCCGCAUGUGAUUUUCAGUAACAGACAGGAGAUUCGUGGAGUUGACCUUAAUACUCUGGCGGUGAAGAAUUUCUACACUUCUUUAAGAAACACGAUCGCUUUGGAUUUUUUGUGGAAGAACGAAUCUAUUCAGAUUUUUUGGACUGACGUUAUCGAUGACAAGAUUUUUCGUGGAACACUUACCGGAGAUUCUUUGAGUAACGUUGAAGCCGUUGUUCAGUCAGGGUUGUCUACUGCCGAGGGAUUGGCAGUAGAUUGGAUCGGAAUGAACUUGUACUGGAUCGAUAGCAAUUUGGAUCAGAUUGAGGUUGCUAAGACUAAUGGGAGUUACCGGAGAACUUUAGUAGCAGGGGACAUGGUCAACCCUAGGGCGAUCACUUUGGACCCCAUGGAAGGUCUCCUUUUUUGGACCGAUUGGGAAGAAGGUGCUCCUAGGAUUGAACGCUGCACUAUGGCUGGAGAAUCUAGAGUGAUCAUCAAAUACGUCGGAGCCGAUGGGGGCUGGCCUAAUGGCAUCACCCUAGACUACGUCAUGAAACGAGUUUACUGGAUCGACGCACGAUCCGAUUCGAUAAUGACUACCGAUUACAAUGGACACGAUUUCCAUCUGGUGAUCAAGGAUCAGGAAGUGUUGUCUCACCCUUUCAGCAUAACUCUUUUUGACAACUACGUCUACUGGACCGAUUGGCGAACCAAUUCCGUGAUCCGAGCGAAUAAGUGGAACGGUACGGAUAUCACCGUCAUCCAAAGGACACAAAGCCAACCUUUUGGAAUCCAAGUUCUUCAUUCCAGUCGACAACCCAACAACCGUCCCGAUAACCUCUGCUCGCAAAAUAAUGGAGGCUGUUCUCAUCUGUGUCUUCUAAGCAUCAAUCAAACCUACCAGUGUGCUUGUCCUCACGUUAUGCGACUCGACGAGGACAAGAAGCGGUGCAUCCCGAACGAGGAGAUCCUUCUCUUCGCAAUGCCUUCCGAAAUCCGAGGAGUAGACCUUCAACAACCUAACCAUUACACGAUCCCCACGAUCAGCCAUCAGACGCAAGUGGUCCUGCCCGCUGUGCUGGACUACGACAUUGCCGAGGCACGGCUGUACUGGAGUGACAAUCAGCUAAACGAAAUCAAGUCUUCGGUCCUGGCAACGGGACCCAUCGAAACCAUCCUGGACACAGAUAUCGAAAAUUCCCUAGGCUUCGCCGUCGAUUGGAUUUCGAAACUAUUGUAUCUCUCUACAAACACCGAAACCGGAAGCAAAAUUCUAACCUGCAAUACCAAGGGUGAAUUCAUAACGGAAAUCAUUACGGAUCUGGCUCAGGUUAACAGUUUGGUCGUUCAUCCUUCUCAAGGAAUCAUGUACUUUGCCACCUCCCAAGAAUCGCCAAAGCUGUACGAGCUGUACAGCGCCCGGAUGGAUGGAUCGGCCCGGCAACUCAUCAGCAAUUCGACCUUCUAUGCGAUGGAAAGUUUGGUGCUGGACUUCGAAGCCGAUCGGCUGUACUACAUUGCUGCGAAGGUCGGCGAGAUCUACUACUACGAUAUCAAGAAUGGAAAGAUCAUCAAGGUCCUCGAAUCCAGCGGCUCUCAGCCGAUCAGCACCAUCACCGUCUACCGGGAUCACAUUUUCUACGAUGAUGGAAACGAGAGUCGGAUAAUGCGGUGCGACAAAAACCUGUGCCAGAAUCCGGAAGUGGUUCGAAACAAUACUGGCAACGUGCAUGCGAUCCGCAUGUACCACCCAGGAGCUCAGAAUGGGAGCAAUUCGUGUUCGCGGACCAAGGGUGGAGGUUGUCAGCACCUUUGUUUGCCGAUUUCAGGCGAGGAGCACGUUUGUGAAUGUGCCAUGGGCUACCGGAGGGAUUCCAGUGAUCGAACGAAGUGCGUUGGGAUCGAUAACUUCUUGAUGUACACUAUCGGGCACCAAAUCAAGGGCCUGGCGAUUGCAGAAGCCGAUAGUGAGCGGGAAGUUAUGAUGGGACCGUUGCAGAAAAUUUCGCUGGCGACGAAUAUCGAUUACCAUGCGAAGGAAGAUUUGAUCUUUAUAGCGGAUAGUGAUCGCGGGUCGAUCACUAGGAUUAAGCGGGAUGGUAGCGAACGGACCGUGAUUGUGAGCAACUUUGAGCAGGUCGUGGAUGGGAGUUCGAUCGAUUGGCUGGGUGGGAUAGCGGUGGAUUGGAUUGCGGAUAAUAUCUAUUGGGCGGAUCAGAAGCGGAAUUUGAUCGAAGUCGCUCGAUUGAAUGGAAAUAUGCGCUACGUGGUAGCGUCAAGCUUGGAGAGUCCAAACUUGAUCGAGGUCGAUCCGGUUAGCGGUUUUAUCUUUUAUUCUGGCAAGGGAAUGAUUGGAAGGACUGGGUUGGAUGGAUCCGGGAAGUUUGUGCUGGUUAACCAGACGGCCUCGAUUAAUGGGCUUACGCUGGACAUCAACAACCAGGUUGUGUAUUGGUGUGAAGGUCAAACGGAUGCCAUUUGGAAGGUUGAUUACGAUGGUAAUUUAAAGACACUUCUUUUGAACAACAGUCUGGAUGUGGUGAGGUCCCUGGACCUAUAUGAGGACAACAUCUUUUGGUCAGAUGUUAGAGGAAACAUCAAAGCAGCAAACCUCAAAAACAUUACCGUCAAUUGGCCAGUAACAGAAGUAGAAGGAAACGCCCUGAAGGACAUCAAGAUCUUUUCGACAAACAAACAGCAGAAAACGAAUGCUUGUGGCAUCAACAAUGGAGGCUGCAAAGAACUUUGCUUGUUUAACGGCACCCAUCCGAUCUGUGCCUGUUCCCAUGGACAAAUCUCGACGAAAGAUCAUAAAACCUGUGAGUCGUACGAUAACUUUUUGAUCUUCUCAAGGGUAUCCUCGAUCGAAAGUAUCCACAUGACGGACUCCACCAACAUAAAUGGACCUAUUCCGGAAAUCCAAAACAACACGUUCCUCAAAAACACCAUUGCCUUAAGUUACGACUACGACAAUCGAAUGAUAUUCUACUCGGAUGUAGAACUUAGUUCAAUCAACUCGGUUACCUUCGAAGGGACUAACCAUCGACAGAUUGUGUCAAAACAGCUCACGGUAGAAGGUCUAGCUUUUAACCCGAUCACCAAACAACUGUUUUGGACAUCGAACAACGAAGCCUCGAUUCGUUCAAUUGAGGUCAAUGCAACAACCGACGAUUCAGUAACAAACGCUGGACUAGUUAAAGAACUGAUCAAACUCAAACCGACCGAUAAACCCAGAGGUAUUGCCGUUGAACCUUGCCUAGCAAUGGUCUACUGGACCAACUGGAAUCCGCUGGCGGCGUCGAUCCAAAGAGCCUACCUGUCAGGCUACGGCCUAGAAAGCAUCAUAACCACCGAUAUUCGGAUGCCGAACGCGAUCACUCUGGAUUACCAAACGAGGAAGCUGUAUUGGGCCGAUGCGCGGUUCGAUAAAAUUGAGCGCGCUGAUUACGACGGGCGGAACCGUAUUGUGCUGGCUCAUUCGACGCCGAAGCACCCGUUUGCAAUGGCUGUUUACGGAGAUUUGCUGUUCUGGACCGAUUGGAUACUGCAUGCGGUGAUUCGGGCGAAUAAGUACUCCGGUAGCGAUGUAGUUUGGUUGAGGAAAGAUAUUGCUCGGCCUAUGGGUAUCAUUGCGGUGCAGAAGAUCGAUCAGGAUUGUAGCGCCGAUCCUUGCAGGGUUCUGAAUGGAGGAUGUGAAGAUGUGUGUCUGUUUGCCGGUGGGAAGAUCGAAUGUAGCUGUACCCAUGGUGUUCUCCACUCGGAUGGUAGACGGUGCGUGCCGAAGCAGUCGUACAACUGUUCAAAGGAGGAAUUCAGCUGUUCGAACGGGGGUUGCAUACCAUAUUACUUGACGUGUGACUCGAUCCCGCACUGUUUGGAUGGGUCGGAUGAAAAGGCGAGCUUCUGUGCCAAGCGAGACUGCCCGGCUGGGUUCUUCCUGUGCAAUAAUCGCCGAUGUGUUCCGUCGAGACAACGCUGUGACAAUGUGCAGAAUUGUGGAGACGGUAGCGAUGAAGAAAAUUGCGACUGUGACCCUGCCACUCAUUUCCGGUGCAAUAAUGGGCAGUGUAUUUCGAAGAAUAUGCGCUGUGACUACGAUCCCGAUUGUAAGGACAACUCGGACGAAUUCGGAUGCCCACAGGUUAGAAAUUGUAGCGCCAUGCAUUCUGGAGAAUUUAUUCAGUGCCCAAACACUACGGCCUGUUACGUUAAAUCCUGGAUCUGCGAUGGGGAGAACGAUUGUUUUGACCAUAGUGAUGAAAUGAACUGUACGACAACCGUUGUCCCAACCUGUCCGGCAGAUAAAUUCCUCUGCUCAAACGGCUACUGCAUACCGCAGUCUUGGAGGUGUGACAACGAGGACGACUGUUUGGAUGCCAUGAUCGGCAGUUUGAGUUCGGAUGAGCUGAAUUGUACAAGACAUUGUAAAACGAAUCAAUUCCAAUGCGUCAAUAGUACCGAGUGUAUUCCCAACAGCUGGCAGUGCGACAACAAUCCGGAUUGUGCCGAUGGUUCGGAUGAGGGUGAACACUGUCAGCAGCGAGUUUGUCCGCAGUGGGAGUUCCAGUGCCCGGCGAGUGGUCGCUGUAUUCCACGGAAGUGGGUCUGUGACGGUGAGGUUGACUGUGUAUCGGGUAAAGAGGACGAAAAAGACUGUGACCCAACGGAACCCACCUGUGAUCCGGAAUCUUUUACCUGUCACAGUGGAGAAUGUAUCAGUGCGCUGUUUGUCUGUGACGGAGACGCGGAUUGCGUCGAUGGAUCGGAUGAAUCCAUCGAUUGUGUAACACGCCCGGCAGCUUCAUGUGCAGAUGCUGAAUUCCGCUGUCGCAACAAGAAGUGUAUUCCUCAGGAGUUAACAUGCAAUCUCAACGACGAUUGUGGAGAUGGAUCGGACGAAGGAAUGCAACUGUGCAAAGAUUCCACCCUAAUUUGUGCCGCACCUGAAAUGUUCCGUUGCGAAAAUGGGGUUUGUAUCGGAAGUAGCUACCUCUGCGACGAACAGAACGAUUGCGGCGAUUGGAGUGACGAGAAAACGUGCAAAAUCAAUGAGUGUGAACAAAUGCCGGAAAUUUGUGCGCACAACUGCAAAGACCUGGAAGUCGGGUAUGAAUGUACCUGCAGACCUGGAUUCAAAGUUAACGUCAAUAACACGCAUCUCUGCGAUGACAUCGAUGAAUGUAUUGAUCGACCCUGUAGCCAAAUUUGCCUCAACAGUUACGGUUCAUACCACUGUUCCUGCAUCGACGGAUACGUCAUGAAAGAAAACGGCACCUGUAAGGCCGAUUACUCGGAAGAAGUUAAAUUUAUCUUUUCCAACAGAUACUACAUCCGAGAAGUGAACAUGGGAGGGAUGAUGUCGAUCCUCGUUCACAACCUCUCGAACGCUGUAGCUUUGGACUACGACUGGGACACCAAAUGUUACUACUGGUCCGACGUUACUUCAGUCGUGAGUUCGAUUAAACGCAUGUGCCUAACUUCAAACAAAACCGAAGUACUUCACAAAUCGACUCUCAAAAACCCCGACGGCCUAGCGAUCGAUUGGGUUGCCCGCAACCUGUACUGGUGCGACAAAGGUUUAGAUACAAUAGAAAUAUCCGAACUAGACGGUCGCUACCGUAAAGUACUGAUCAACAAAAACCUUCAAGAACCCCGUGCCAUCGUCCUGGAUCCCUUCCGCAAAUACAUGUACUGGACAGACUGGGGUGAUCAACCAUACAUCGGUAAAGCCGGCAUGGAUGGCAGCAAUCAAACGAUGCUGAUAAAAAACCAUCUCGGAUGGCCCAACGCUCUAACGAUCAGUUUCGAAACCAACGAACUGUUCUGGGGCGAUGCCCGGGAAGAUUUCAUUGCCGUCAGUGACCUGGAAGGUCGGAACCGCAAGGUAGUCCUGUACCGAGACAUGAGCCCCAGCAUGAACCUGCACCACAUUUUCGCGCUCGCCGUAUGGGAAGAUCGCGUUUACUGGUCCGACUGGGAAACCAAAUCGAUCGAGUUCUGCCACAAAUAUCGAGGCGAUCAGUGCGGAACAGUCAUCAAGACCAUUCACCGACCGAUGGAUCUCCGGGUGUACCAUCCUUGGAGACAAACGCAUCCGCAGGACAACCCUUGUCUGCUUUCCGGUUGCUCAACUCUUUGCCUUCUUUCCCCGGAAGCCCCCGGGUACAAAUGCGCCUGUCCAGAUCAUUUCGUGCUCGGAGUCGACAACAAGACAUGCAUAGCGAACUGCUCAUCAGCUCACUUCCAGUGCAAAACCACCUUCAAGUGCAUCCCCUACUACUGGAAAUGUGACAACCAGGACGAUUGCGGCGAUAACAGCGAUGAACCGGAGGAUUGUGCAGAGUUCAGCUGUGAAUCAGGACAGUUCCAGUGCGACAACAACAAAUGCAUCAGUCCGAAUGCUAUCUGCGAUGGGGAGGAUCAGUGUGGCGAUGGGUCUGACGAAAAGGAUUGCGAAGAUUAUGAGUGCUUCGCGUCGCAGUUCAAGUGUAGUAAAUCGAAAGAUAAGAAUGCAUUCUGCCUGGAUGGUCACAAGCGGUGUGAUGGAACCGUAAACUGUCCGAACGGAGAAGACGAAAGUGGCUGUGAUAAGAUGAACUGUACGGAAAAUCAGUUCAAGUGUGCUUCCGGGAUGUGUAUUUCGAAGGUGUGGAUUUGCGAUGGGGAUAUCGAUUGUGUAAAUGACAAUUCGGACGAAAAAGACUGCUUCCAGCGGACUUGCGGAGACAAUGAGUAUCGCUGCAGGAAGGGACGCUGCAUUCCGAUGUCUUGGCUGUGCGAUGGUGAAGAGGAUUGUAGCGAGGGGGAGGACGAGAAGGAAAACUGUCGACCAACGACGGCGAUCACCUGUGAACCAUCGAACUUCCGGUGUAACAACUCCAAGUGUAUUCCGGGGCGGUGGAGGUGCGAUUACGAAAACGAUUGCGGCGACAAUUCGGACGAGAUCAACUGUCAGAUGCGGAACUGUUCGGAGUCGGAGUUCCGCUGUCACGAUGGUCACUGUAUAAGGGGAAUUCGCAAGUGCGAUGGAGAGUUCAACUGUGCCGACCAUAGCGACGAGGAGAACUGUGACGUCAGCUGCAAGGAGGAUGAGUUCAAGUGCAAGAGCCAUAACUUGUGUAUAAGCACGAACUUCCUGUGCGACGGGGACAACGACUGCAUCGACGGGUCGGACGAGGAACAGUGCGAAUGCCGGGACGAUGAAUAUCGCUGCGACAACGGCAAAUGCAUCCUGCGCAAUUGGGUUUGCGAUGGGAUCGACGACUGUCUGGACCGGUCGGACGAGAAGAGCGAAUACUGCCAGGAACACGGAUGCCACAAACGUGCCUUCAAAUGUAGCAAUAAGAACUGCAUCCGUAAGGGGUUGGUGUGCGACAGUAAGGACGAUUGCGGAGACAACAGCGACGAGAAGACCUCCCUGUGCCACAAGUGCCCUCCGAAUACGUUCCGCUGCAAUAGCGACUCCAAAUGUAUAGCGAAUGAUUUGCGAUGCGACGGUAAGCCGAACUGUUUGGACGAAUCGGAUGAGAUUGGCUGCCUGCGGUCGGUUUGUGCCUUUGGGACUUGCAGCCAAGUGUGCAUGGAGAAGAAGGGCCACUACAGCUGUCGAUGUGCUGCUGGAUACCACAAGGGACCACUGAAGAACGACACCUGUUUGGCGACGGAAGAAAACGGGUUGCUUUUAGUUUCCUCGGAAUCCGAUUUCCGAAGCAUGUACUUUGGAACCACGGUCAUGGGAUUCCUGCAGACGAACUCCAAGAAAAUCGAUCGUUUCGACUAUUCGAUUACCAAACACAAUAUAACACUGUUUUGGGUAGAUAGUCACGACAAAAGUAUUCAAAAGGUCCAUAUGGAUACAACCGUGAAAGUUGUGGAAACAGAAGAAUCUCCUCACGCAAAAUACAAACGGGCAUCCUCGUCCUACGAUCAGGUCAAAACUUUGGACGGUAAACAUUCGACAGUGAUCUUGAAGAAUCAGAACAUCAUUCCACAAGCAAUCGCGUGUGACUGGCUAACCGAGCACAUCUACGUGAUCAACAAAAAGCAAAGCAACAUCUUUGUGAUCAACUUCAACGGGACCAACCACACGACACUAACGGCCACCGGAAAACACCCCAUAGAUAUCAUCGUGGACCCAGUCCGCCACGUCAUGGUUUGGUCCAUUAUGGAGGCAAUCAUUCUGUCCGGAAUGGAUGGUUUCAAGAAGCAAAAGCUGGUUCAGGCAAACAUCGAGUGGGCAUCGGGACUGGCGAUCGACCCGGCAACCGAGCGUCUGUACUGGGCUGACUACAGGAAAAGUACUAUCGAAACCUGUCAGCUGAUGACCGGAGCAGAUCGCCACGUGAUAAGCGAGAUGCACGAUGUACUGAAACCGAAGCUGCUGGAUGUGUUCGAGGACAGUGUGUACGUGAUCAUGUACAAUCAGCAUAUCCUGAAGUUGAAUAAAUUCGGACGGGAUAACGGGACGGAAGUGUUCCAGGGAACGAGAGGCUAUCGCUCUUCGGAUCUGAACUACAUCCACCCACUGAAGCAGAUUCGGAAUGUGUCCAACCCAUGUCUACUCUAUCCCUGCCACGAGACGACGGUCUGUCUGCUCUCGACGGAAAACCCUAAGGGACGUCGCUGUCUGUGUGCCGAUAGCAAGAAAAGCCCUACCCUGGAUCAGGGAGGAGAAAUCAUCAAAUGUGACGACGAAGCUAAGGUCGAGUGCAAGCUUCCGUGCAACAUGGGAACGUGCGUCGUGGAGCAAGGAGUUCCCAGGUGCAGCUGUCCGGCUCUCUACAGCGGGCAGUACUGCGAGCACUACAUCUGUUCCGGAUAUUGUAAGAAUCGUGGCGCCUGCUACAUUGUAAACAAUGUCCGCAAGUGCUCCUGUUUACCGCAAUGGACCGGAGAACAAUGCGAACUGUCGACGGGAGCUUGUCAAGGUUACUGUCACAAUGGGGGGAACUGUUCGAUUGCAAACGAUGGAACCCGAAGCUGUCACUGUCCGUUUGAAUUCCUCGGUCAUCAGUGUCAGCACUGUUCGGAUUUGCGAUGCGAAAACAAAGGCGUCUGUCGGAAGACUGCUAGCGAUAAGAGUCAGUGCGAAUGCCCGGAUGGAUUUAGCGGUAGGACCUGUGAGCUGGACAUCUGUAUUGGGUACUGCGACAAUGGAGGACAAUGCAUAAUCGAACAUGGAUCGGCGAAGUGCAGCUGUCCUCAGGGAACAUUUGGGGAGCGAUGCGAAAACCGAGACUGUUUCCAGCUGUGCUUGAACGGUGGCGAAUGUGUUCGGGACAAGAAUCCCUACUGCCAUUGCCGUAUCGGAUACAGUGGACCGUAUUGCGAAACCGAUCUGUGUGACAGUCUAGAGAAUCGACCAUCUUACUGCCCUCCGAUACGUCCUUCGCCUUCUCCUUCUCCGCCCACUGCAUGUGAAGACUUCGUGUGCAGCAACACCGGACACUGCCUGAAGGUGCAGGGCAAGCCGAUCUGCAACUGCACCAAUCAGUAUGCCGGCAAGCACUGCGAGAACUACGUGAGCUAUCCGAAUCCUUGCACCAACCACUGCAAAAACGACGGCAUCUGUCAGCUGCAGGUCAUCUCGAGCGCCAACGUAACGUACGUGCCGUCGUGCGUGUGCGUCGGUGAAUGGACCGGGGAUCAGUGCGAGCGGCCACCGAACUGCGUCGACGAUUGCGGUACCUGUGUGGCCGACAGUUUCAUCAAUGAGUGCAUGUGCGAAGACGGCACGCUCAGUAGCUGUUUGAAGCAGAUUUCCUUAUCUGAACUGGAGAGUCGAGAUCGAGCCGGUUAUACACUCUCGGUGCUGGCGGUGGUGCUAUUUGUGAUAUUGAUUGGAGUGGCCGGUUUUGGAGGGGCUCUCUAUGGACUGAAGAAACGGAGGGGUGGACAACCGUUUUCGCAUGCGCGGCUGACGGAAAAUGUGGAGAUCACGAAUCCCAUGUAUUUGGGAGAUACGGAGGAAGUUCCUGCUUUUAUACACGAGGAUGACAAGGCCCACUUUGCCAACCCGGUGUACGACUCGAUGUACGCCGGCAGCAUCAACGUGCACUCGGACUCCUCAACGCUGCCUCUCAGCGGAGUUGGCGGCAUCCUUGGCGUGGGUGGCAGCAGCAGCGGUGGCAGUGGAGGCAGCAGUAGCAUCCUGGGUGGCGGUGCAGGAGGAGGAGGUGGCGGAAGCAGCAGUAGCAGUGCCCUCAGCCACCCCCUAUUGCUAUCUAUCGGUGGCGGUGGUGCCUCUGGGAAAUCCUCAGCCCCAUCCGAGGAGAAAAAGGGCCUACUGCAGGAUGAGGGAGGUCUGCUGAAUGGUGGUCCAGGGCCAUUUCUGGGUCAUCAUCAUAGCCUGCACCAGGAUUUGUUAUGAUACCGUCUGAAGAAGUAGUACCAGCUGCGGUUCUAGGCGGGGCCACUUUUCCUUCUCCCAAGGAAUGGAACCAAGCUGGGAAGUUUCAAGUCGAAGUUUGUUUCGAACUUGUAGGUUGUUGAGCUUUUGUGUAGGUAUCUCUAGAUUCAAGAAAUAGAUUUCUUUCCAAAUACCUUUACAGGUGAUACGAACGCAUAGUCAUUCUACAUAUUAGUAACACUAUUAUUGUUAUUGAGCAAAAUUGUUUGAUAUUUUUGUACCCGAUGAUAAAAACGCACAUCGCUAACUCGAAUUAGGAGGAAACUGUAGAUAAUAUUGAUGUAGGUAAAGUAGUUAAAAUUCUGUCAGUUAGUUGGAUAUUUUUCCAUUCUCAGUUAGGAAAAUCACCAGCUGUGCUUUUUAUUAAGAUAUGUAUAUAAUUUUUCUUUUACUCAAAAUGGUGGGUAGAUUUAUGUGAAAGAUGAUUUUCUAAGACGGAUUUUAUUGAAACGACUUCUAUUGCGAAUCUAUGGUAGCUAACGAAUUAUUUGUUAAUUGUAUGUAUUUUUCAAUAUAAAAAAAGCCGUAAAAAGGGGUUUAUUUCUUAUGAAUAAAACGCAAGAAACGAACCAAAAGUUCCAUAGGAAAAUUGUCAAUAACUCAACAAAAACAGUUAGCUAGUUACACUUUGGAUCAAUAAAAGAAAGAUUAAACGUUAAAAUUUUAUACAAUUCCAACAGUACGUUGAAUAGUACUCACACAGUAAUGAGCUUUAAUAGUUUAUCGUUAAUCCUGAAAAUAAUUCUAGCCGAGAGUUGUGUAAAUGUUUCUCUCAUUAUCGAUUCCAGUCUCUAACGAAUAAAAUACUCUUUGAUAUUUAGUUUAAAACGUAAUAUGUAAGAUUCAGAAGAGAAAAAAACCAAAUGAAAACAGCAAACGAAACCACUGACUCGAGCUACGGACACAAACAUAUUGGCCGUUUCCUUUGGAAUGCCAAAAACUCUAACAUCAACACAUGUGAUUUUUACCACGAAACAACAAGUCGAACAAAAAACCGUGGAAACGAAACAAAUCCUAACGAAUCAUCAGAAAUAGAACAGGCAACUAGAAGAAAAAAGGUAAAAAUACACUACUCCAAUUAAGCGACAAAAAUAAGCAAAUAAACAUUAAUUUAAAAAAAAAAAAAAAAACAACACAACCAAACGGUACGUAAUCGAAUCUUCCGCGGGCAACUGCUAAAACGAAUAAAACGAAUAAAAUAAUGAAAAAUUGUGUAUUUUUGUACCAGGUAGCUGAACACUAGGAAAAAUUCGCGUCAUAAACUCAUUUCAAUCUGCUUAAGCAAAAAAAAAACUAGAACUGAAAAAAAAUGUCGACUAAAACAUGCUAAAAAAAUGAGGCGUAUAUAAGCAGAAAAUUUGUAAAUAAGUUAAUUUCCGUAAUCAUGAAUGCUGCUACUCAGUUGAACAAAUUUAGCGAAUCCCACGACUCGACAAGCCAUUGCAUUGAUGGAGGGAUGGAUGACAAGACGGUGCAUCGUUAUAUACUAGCUGUAACAUUGUAAAUGUGUAGGCAAUGUAAUCGACUAAAAUCAUUGCUUUGUCGCUCAGAAAAGGUGUUUAAAAUAAAGACUGUAAAUUUUUUUCAAUAA